AUGGUCCUUGCGUCUAAACUUGACAGCAAAGCUGCGGCGUCGAAGCCAGCGAGCAAGUUGAUAAAAAAGACUAAAAAGUCUCGGAAAGCGUUACAUAUUGCUCCUCCGCGCAUGAAGUCGCGACGCAAGGCACGAAAUGUAAUUACUAAAUUUCACCGCUUGACCCAUGAGCUUGAUCGCCUUGAGCAACAGAAAUUGGACGAAGUCGAGACACGAAAGCUACGCAUUGCCGAAAUAAAUCAGGAAUUGAUUGAACUGGGAGGUCGUCAAGCAUAUCAGGACGCUAGCAUUCUUAGCACGAGCUUUCAUCGUACAUCAAAGUGGGUGUUUCGAUUGCUUACACGUUUCGAACUGCGGCCCAAGGCCAAGCAACCGCCAUUGCCUGUGCUUGAAGUCGGUGCGAUUAACACGCAGCUACUAUCGUGUCCAUGGCUAAAUGUGCGCGCUAUUGAUCUUAAAUCCCGGCACGAACGCAUCGAGCAGUGCGAUUUUUUCAGUCUUAAGCCCGCUGGCGAGUUUCAGAUUGUCGUGUCUAGCAUGGUACUUAACUGCGUCCCUGGAGCUGUAAAGCGUGGUCAGAUGCUUCGACUGUAUAGGGAACACUUAAUGGAUGGAGGCUUGCUCUUUCUAAUGCUCCCGUUGCUGUGCUUGCGUCAUUCAAAAUUUAUGACCUACUCGCGCUUUACAAAAAUUCUUGAGGCUGUGGGCUUUCGUGUGCGCGAGACAAAAGAUUCACCUAAAGUUGCGUUCUUCUGCUUGGAGCGAACUGAGAUAUUUAACAAAGACGCUUCCUUCCCACACAAAUUAUUAGUGUCAGGCAACAAGCGCAACGACUUUAGUGUAGUUAUUUAG